CGGAAAAGAAGAGUUCCCGGCAUGCAGUGCUUCUUGAAGCGGCUUCCUGUGUCCCUGGCAGUGCAAGCAACAUGCCGAUGAAAGGCAGGUUCCCGAUCCGUAGGACUCUGCAGUACCUACAGGCCGGGGAGAUCAUGUUCAAGAACAACGUGAAGAUAAUGACGGUCAAUUAUAACACUAACGGGGAGCUCGGAGAGGGGGCAAGGAAGUUCGUGUUUUUCAAUAUCCCUCAGAUCCAGUACAAGAAUCCUUGGGUCCAGAUAAUGAUGUUCAAGAAUAUGACGCCAUCCCCGUUCCUAAGGUUUUAUUUAGAUAGCGGAGAACAGGUUCUGGUCGACAUCGAGGACAAAAGCAACACAGAAAUUGUACAACAUGUGAAAAAAAUCUUGGGGAAAACAGGGGAAACACUGAGGGCCGAGGAACAAGCAAAAAUGGUGAAGUCCAAUCCGGCCAACUUUGGCCUGCGGAAGUACCAUCUGCGAGAGUGUAUAUGUGAAGUAGAGGGACAGGUUCCUUGCCCUUCAAAAGUCCCACUGCCAAAGGAAAUGACUGGCAAAUACAAAGCCCAACAGAGAGAGAGUACUGAGGUGUGAGCCUUACUAAUUGCGGACACAGCUGGGUUAGUAACAGGUGACUUUCCUCACUCGCCUGCUGGCUGCACUUGGACUGCACUGUAUAGGGCUGAAUAUGAGAACAUUGAAAGUGUUUUCAGUUUAUUUUUUUUGUAAUAUAUUGUUUAUUUAAAAAAU